CCCGUCGAAGCGCCGAGAUCAUCUUGCCGAAUCAGGAAGUUGGCCGGACGGAACAAUCUCAGCGGGGGUGGGGCCUUGCACAAGCAUCCGAUCCGCCAUCACUCGCACCCAACAAUGCCGUCCAAGGUGGCUCGAAGGACUUCUUCAUGGGCUACCAGCUCGUCCGGUGGUGCGGGCGGUGCUACUGCAAGUCACAGUGCGACAGCAGCGUCGAACGGCGCACAUCGAAGAGAAUCGAGCGAUGCCAAGACAGCUUUGGUCUCUCACUUCUUUGCUGAGCUCUUGCACGAGGCGAUCGUGGACACUGCCAGCGAUGUGCAUGCUACGCUUGCUAGGCAACGGGCGAUCCGACUGAAGCAUGACAGGGGCAUCGGAGAUGGAUGCCCAGCUUGCGGAACUGCUUGUCGAGCACAUCCCGGCGUAGCUGGACACGCCAAUGGGUCUGUCCAGCAAGGCGGAAAUGCUGCUGGUCCUGAACCAAGCACAGCAACUUCUGGAGCAAUCCCGCUCGCGCCAAAAACGGACCUGUACUCCAACAAUCCGCUGCUCCCAUGCGCCGUGUGCGCACGUCAAGUAGGCUCUAACAGGUACGCCAUGCAUCUGUCCAAGUGCCUGAAUGGAGGUAGUGGCAAGGCGAGCCAAAGGAGAAAGGUGGCGCUGGGCGCGAGUGUGAAAGAGUCGGCUGCCAGCGUAAAGCAGGCCAAGAAAGUGGCUAGCGCUCUGGAAGCUAGAAAGAGGGCGGGCGGACUAGGCAGCGCUUCGGGUACCCCUGCGCCCGGUGUCAGCGACAAUGAGAGCGAGCGGACUGGCGGCGGCGGCGCUUGGCUGAAUGGAAAUGGCAAAAGAGGUGCAAGUCCGAACGGCGCAGCAAGUUCCAAGAAGGCUAGAACGAGCAGCACGCCCCCGCUUAAUGGCUCGAAUGCUGUGGGCAUGUCGAGAACCUCUUCCAGCAAUCACCUUUCUGCAACACCCAUCUCUGGCUCUCCGCUCAACCCCAAAAAGUAUCAAAAGAAUGUCCUUUCUGGAUCUGGCGCUGAUGGAGCAUUUGCCAAGAGCUCUUCGCAUGGCAAGGCUGGGAGCGCUGCAACCAAGGCAGCGGGCACCACUCGUAAUCCGAGCGUCACCGAGGGCUAUGCGGACGCGGACGAGGGCAGCGCUAUAGAACAGGCCAACGACGACGACGAUGAUGACGAUGACGAGCCUCUGGCAGGCAACAAGAGCGCACCAGCUUUGCAGCUCGCCAACGGCAGCAAUUCUGCCAAAGUCAGACGAGCCGCCGAAUCGCUCUAUUCCGAUCGCGAUGGGCGUUCGCCCAGCGAGAGCCAGUCGGAAGAGGGCGUCGCGAGCGAGUACGAUGAGGAGGAGGAAGGUGCAAUGCUGCGCUCCGUCAAGCCCAACGCUCCAAAGAGCGCACAGUCCCGCUCCUACGAUAGCAGCGAGAGCGAUAGCGAUGCGCCCAUGCAGGAUCCCAAAUGGCAGUCCAAACAUGCUGCUGCUGCCAGCACCAGCGCUUCCAAUUAUGCCAAGGCCGCCCUCGUCAGAUCCAAAGGCAGCGACGGCGAGUUUAUAGACGUCGACUCGGCUUCGGAAAGCAGCGGUGAUGAUGACUCUUUCUAAAUCACGAGCAUAAAGGUUGCCCCCCUCCGCCCUCCACUUCCCGAACUGCGAAGCGAACUGACUGUCACGCACAUGCUCUCGAGAACAGAUCGUUUCGCAUGCUGUACUCUUCAUCUCCACGACCGCAGACUGCGCAUCAUCACA